AUGGAUUACGAGAGGAUACACAAAGUGCAGACUGGUAUAAUAUCUCCCAGUAAGCUGAGGAUGAAGCUCUUAGGAGCUCACCAUCACAGAAUGAAGGAUGGAUCAAAUAAUAAUUCUCCAAGAACAUCUCCUUCCAAGCUUGAGGAUACUGAAUUUGUCAAGAACAGCUUAUUAGCUUCCAAUUGUGGAGAUUUCAGUGAAGAAGUUGCAGCUCCAAACUUAGAAGUUGCAUCUGUUUACUUGCCAGGUGAGGCAGUGUUGGACCUCUCCCAAGCUGGUCAGGUAUCUGGCCAGCAGAUGGAGACGUUACGCAAGGAAAUUGGUGACACUGGUCGUGUUAAAAUGCAGCCGUUUACAAAGUGUGAAAAGGGCAAUUCAAGUGCAGUUCACCCUGUCAGAACAGUAGAAGAUGAGAAUCUUGAUUACGAUAGCAAUGCUAGUUCAUCUAGCUUUGAGUUUCAUAAUGAGAGAUCGUUAAAUAAUCAACUUUCAAGACGAUUUUCAAGGCCUAUGCCUUCUAAGUGGAAUGAUGCAGAGAAAUGGAUAAUGAAGAGGCAGAAUGUACAACCUAAUUAUGUUAAGAAGAAUACUUCUUUACACAACCAAGCUAAUCGGUCUUCAGUAGCAAUUAUGGAGAAGGUUGCUCCAGAGUUGUCAAAUUAUGAUCCUAAAUUAUCAAAUAGCAGGGUCGCAGACGCUAAGCAUGUAGAUUUCUGCCAGCCUUCUUCACAACUGGGUUUUGAAAAAUUCUCUUUCAUUCCUCCUGGAUCUCCCACCAUUUCCGGUCAAGCAUAUGGGGUUAACACCCUAGUCGAUCAAUGUGCUCAGAGUACAGAUUUGAAGGAAAUGGAUCAAAGGGAAUUAUCUUGUACAGAUAGUUCAGCACAAGAUUCAGCAGUUGUUCCUGUCAUAAGAUCAGUCUGUAUGAGGGAUAUGGGAACGGAAAUGACCCCUGGUACAAGUCAAGAGCCUUCAAGGACUGCUACACCUGUAGGCGCAACAACGCCAUUCCGCAGCCCAACUUCUUCAAUCCCAUCUACUCCCCAAAGACAAGCACCAGCACCGACGCCCAUGGAGCAUAGCACCGAUGGUGAUACACAACAUGCCACUGGAAAUGGCAAAAAAGAACUGAAUGAGCAAGAAUUGAAACUAAAGACGAGGAAAGAGAUUAUGGCCCUUGGUGUUCAGCUUGGCAAGAUGAAUAUUGCUGCUUGGGCAAGUAAAGAUGACCAGGAAAAACUUACUCCACUUGAAACUGCUGAAACGGAGGAGCUUGAGCAGAUCGAAUUUUUAAAACGUGCUGCUGCAUGGGAGGAGGCUGAAAAAUCUAAACACACAGCAAGAUAUAAACGUGAAGAAAUCAAAAUCCAAGCAUGGGAAAAUCAGCAGAAAGUGAAACUAGAAGCAGAGAUGCGGAGAAUAGAGGCUCGAGUUGAACAAAUACAAGCCCAAGCACAUGCGAAGAUGGCGAAGAAGAUGGCUAUGACAAGGCAGAUAUUGGAAGAGAAACGAGCUGCAGCUGAAGCCAGAAAAAAUCGAGAUGCUGAAAGAACUGCAGACCAAGCAGAAUAUAUUCGUCUAACAGGACGAAUGCCAUCAUCCCAUUACAUUUGCUGUGGUUGGUUUUGA